GCAACGAGGCCUCGAAUCUCAACAAUGAACUCGAAGAGCCAAGUCCUAGAAUAAUUUCACUCUCUCGAAAGCCACUGCGUUUCGUGUAUGUUAUUGGCCUUGCAAGAUGUAAUCUUCGCAAGUUUGCGGGCUGGACUGUUUGUUUUGUUAUCCUACCUGCAGCAUUAGUACUGUGAGCCUCUGGUAUCCCAAUUAUACAACUACCUAGAUCCCUAUGCAUCGGCCAACGCUACCAAUUCAAAGCCUCCCGGCUUGGGGACGCCUCAACGGCGUCUCAUUUCACAACAUCAACGUCAUCAAUACCGAGGGCAAGGGAUAUGGCGUCGUUAGUAACGAAGACCUAAAAGUUACGGAUGAGACAACCGAUGCCUUGCACUUGCUCACCGUGCCACACGACCUUGUGUUGAAUGCCGCGGCUGUGGAGGAAUACGCGAAAGAGGACAAGAACUUCAGACAGCUCCUCGAUGUCAUCGGCCAUCGUUCUACACGUGCCGACGUGUUGCUGUUCCUCCUCGUCCAAGUUGUACUCGCUUCCCGACCUAGCCACACCGAUGUGGGGUUAUCAAACCCUUGGACCGAGUACCUCCAGUUUCUACCAGAGACGGUCCUAGUGCCUACAUUAUGGACUGAGGAUGAGAGGCUUCUGCUUCGAGGCACAUCUCUCGAAGCAGCUGUCGACGCCAAGAUAUCAGCCCUCGACGCCGAGUUUGAGCAAGUUAGGGAGAAGUCGUCCGACAUUAUCGCUUGGAACGACCUCCUCUGGGCAGAGGGUGUCCCGGUCUCGUUUACCGACUGGAUCCGCCUCGACGCACUGUACCGCUCCCGAUGCUUGGAGCUGCCGAGAUCCGGCGAGUCCAUGGUCCCCUGCAUCGACAUGAUCAACCACUCGGCGACUCCUUCUGCCUACUACGACGAGAACCCCAAGGACGAGGUGAUCCUUGCCCUGCGCCCAGGAGUCAGCAUCUCGAAAGACGAUGAAAUCACCAUCAGUUACGGCGACAGCAAGUCCGCCGCAGAAAUGCUCUUCAGCUACGGUUUCAUCGACCCCGUGUCGUCAGCCGACAGCCUGGUGUUGCUCCUACACCCAUUCCCCGACGACCCGCUCGCCAAAGCGAAGCUUGUCGCCUUCGGGGGGCCGCCCAAAAUCCACGUGGCGCGGCGGGUGGGAGAGGAAGGAGGAGGCGGCAGCAGCAGCACCACCAACACCAACAAGAACGGCCCCGUCGGGUGGACGAGCCCGUUCGCGUACCUGAUGUGCGUCAACGAGGAGGACGGGCUGGAGUUCCGCGUGCUGCAGCAGACCGACGGCGCCCAGCAGCUGCGCGUGUUCUGGCGGGAGGAGGACGUCACGGAUCGGACGGGCGACUUCGAGACGCUAGUCCGGAACCACCCGCUUGCUGCCGUGCUGAGGCUGCGGGUCGUCACAGUCGUUCAGGGGGCUCUGCAGGCGCAACUGGAGCGGUUGAGCGCGGUCCCCGAUCCGGGUGAUGCUCCCCUGCAGCAGAGGGAGGAUUGUGUCAAGACCGCCGCGGUCCUGCGCGAGAUCGAGAUGAAUAUUCUCGAAGGCGCGAUCGAAGGCCUCGAGGACGAGAAAACCACGCUGCUGGCUGACGAAAACGUGGUGGCUUAUCUCGGACUGACGGAAGCUGCCGAAUCGGGCCUGGCGGGCGACGAGGCGUCCAAUGAGCCCGACGACUUCAGUUGAUGGUUGCCAGCAGGUGAGACAAGUCUGCGCUGCUUCGAUUUCGCCUCCCGAACAUCGUCAUACCGCUCUGGGGCGAGGUGGGUUCAUGCCAAUGGCGCACCGUGAGGAAAUGGAUGGAAAACGGAAUUUGUAACUUCGUAUUCAGGAGUCGGUGUGGUUUCAAGG